CAUUCCUUUCCUGUAUCUCCCCCUCCGGGCUGCGGCUGCUGCAACAGGCAGAGACUGCUCAGUCAGAGACAGAGCCUUCCUCCUCUCUGUAUGCUGCCCCCUCCUCCUCCUCCAGCUGCUGCUGCUGACUUGCUACGUGGUAACUACUGGACUCAAACGAUCCCCUGUGUCAGAGGGGAGACCGCAGCAACGUAUUCAGAAAAGGACAGAACUCCCGGACGUGCAGGACAGAGUGCAGAGGAAUCUGUGCAGGGGAGCCACACUAUAAGGAUUACAGGGGCAUUUUCCAUGGAUCACACUGAAACUUCAGAGCUUGAUGUGUAAGUUCUCUGUUUUAUGUCCUUCCAAGCAUAGACUGUCCUGUUCUCUCUGUUGACCUAGAGGCCCUUGUCAUAGUGGCAGAGGAGUGACAUGAAUGGGGAUCUUGGAAGACACCAGUUGCUUUUAACCAGUGAACUUUGAGCUUGAAUUAUUUUGCUGUAAAAAAAUUGACACUUAUUCCAGCACACAUCACCUUGGUAAAUCUCACAAUGGUGCAAAGUCUUGGCUGCACGCUUAUUCUUUUCCUCUGCCUCUCAGUAAAUGCUCAAUAUGAGCGGUACAGCUUCAGGAGUUACCCCAGAGAUGAGCUGAUGCCCCUGGAAUCUGCUUACAAGUAUGGUCUAGAUCAGUACAGCAAUGAGAACUGGCCAGAAUCUGUCAAUUAUCUGGAGGUAAGCCUGAGGUUGUUCAGACUCUUAAGGGACAGUGAGGCUUUCUGUAACCUCAACUGCAGCACUGCACAAGUAGAUGACAAUCCUCCAGGAGCUGUUGUGGAUAUCAAAAAUGAUACUGGCCAUCUGGGUCGUUUUACUGGUUUCCCUGAACUGAAAGUGUUUGGAGAUGUGCUGAUGAGGUCUCGGUGCCUCAAACGAUGUAAGCAGGGUCUUCCUGCCUUCCGACAAUCACAGCCCAGCAGAGAGACCCUAGAAGAGUUCCAGAAUCGGGAACCAUACAAGUAUUUACAGUAUGCCUACUUUAAGACAAAUAAUUUGCCAAAGGCCAUUGCUGCAGCCCACACCUUCCUGCUGCUGCACCCUGAUGAUGAAAUGAUGAAGAGAAACAUGGCAUAUUACAAGAGUAUGCCGGAAACUGAGGCCCAUAUCAAAGACUUAGAGACCAAGACGUACGAGAAUUUGUUCAUUAGAGCUGUGAGGGCCUACAAUGGUGAAAACUGGAGAACCUCAAUUUCUGAUAUGGAGAUGGCGCUACCUGAUUUCUUCAAAACCUUCCAGGAAUGCACUGCUGCCUGCGAAGGGUCCAGGGAGAUUAGAGAUUUCAAAGACUUUUAUCCAUCAGUGGCUGAUCACUACAUUGAGGUACUGAAAUGCAAAAUAAAUUGUGAAAACAAGCUCACCCCUGUCAUUGGGGGAUUCGUGGUGGAGAAAUUUGUGGCCACUAUGUACCACUACCUACAGUUUGCUUAUUACAAACUCAAUGAUGUUCGAAAUGCUGCACCGUGUGUGGCCAGCUACCUGCUCUUCGACCCAGAUGACCAAGUAAUGAAGCAGAACAUGGUCUACUACCAGUACCACAUGGAGAAGUGGGGGCUUUCAGAGGAGAACUUCAAGCCUAGACCAGAAGCAGCUCUUUACCACCACAUUACAACCAAGCAGAAGGAGAUGUACGAAUAUGCUGCGCAAAAUCUUGUAGAUGAUGAUGAGGGCAAUGUGGUGGAAUAUCUAGAUGAACUUUUGGAUGCAAAUUAUUUUUAAGACAAAGUACAUUUUUUAAACUAGUGACAUGUCCGUCUGGUAGUCAAUUUAAAAGAAGACAUUGACUGUAUUAAUACCUUACAGGUUCAAUUACAUUUUAUGGCUGUUUUCAUCUAGAAUUUGUUUGCAUGGGAAUAAAAUUCCAUAGAUCAAAA